UAGGGACUCAGUAAGGCCACCUCAAAACAAGACCCAUCGAUAACAGCGAUCAUGGUGGCUAAAGCCUUAGCACAGCUGAUAACAUGCAUCAUCUUAUUCUGCCACGUUGUAGCUUCCGUAGAAGACCUCACCAUACGCCAAGUCACGGCCGACAAUCGGCGAAUUCGCCCGAAUCUUCUCGGGACUCACACAGAGAGUAAAUUCCGGCUUUUCAUGUCCGAUUACGGCAAGAACUACUCCACGAGGGAGGAGUACAUCCACCGCCUCGGAAUAUUUGCCAAAAACGUCCUUAAGGCCGCAGAGCACCAGAUGAUGGACCCCUCCGCCGUCCACGGAGUCACACAGUUCUCUGACCUCACGGAAGAGGAGUUCAAGCGGAUGUACACUGGAGUAGCCGAUGUUGGCGGCAGCCGUGGCGGUACGGUUGGAGCGGAGGCACCUAUGGUUGAGGUUGAUGGAUUGCCUGAAGAUUUUGACUGGAGGGAGAAGGGUGGAGUUACUGAGGUUAAGAAUCAAGGUGCAUGUGGAUCGUGCUGGGCUUUUAGCACAACGGGAGCAGCUGAAGGAGCCCAUUUCGUCUCCACCGGGAAGCUCCUCAGUCUUAGCGAACAACAACUUGUCGAUUGUGAUCAAGCGUGCGAUCCAAAGGACAAGAAAGCAUGCGACAAUGGAUGUGGCGGGGGACUGAUGACAAAUGCCUACGAGUAUUUGAUGGAGGCAGGAGGAUUAGAAGAAGAAAGAUCAUAUCCUUACACUGGUAAACGAGGCCAUUGCAAGUUUGAUCCUGAGAAGGUUGCGGUAAGAGUACUGAACUUCACGACUAUACCACUGGAUGAGAACCAAAUCGCAGCAAACUUAGUUCGGCAUGGUCCCUUAGCAGGUGAUAUAUAUUAGCUAAUGUAUAUGUGCAACUAUAAAACAGAUUUGAAGUCCGAGUCUUUAGAUAGUUUUCUUGACACGCUUUGUUGUUGUGUUCCACAGUGGGAUUAAACGCCGUGUUCAUGCAAACAUAUAUAGGAGGAGUGUCAUGUCCGCUUAUAUGCAGCAAGCGAAACGUUAACCACGGAGUACUUCUUGUUGGGUACGGAUCAAAAGGGUUUUCGAUCUUGCGGCUUAGUAAUAAACCUUAUUGGAUUAUCAAAAACUCGUGGGGGAAAAAGUGGGGAGAGAAUGGAUACUACAAGCUGUGUCGUGGGCACGAUAUAUGUGGGAUUAACUCGAUGGUAUCUGCAGUAGCCACCCAAGUUUCCUCGUAGAUGGGUCUUGUCUUUCCUCUGCUCUCUUGUUUUCUAAUCUAGGGUUUGAUCAUGUUUUAGGAGUGGAGUUUGGGGUUUGAAUAUUGGGUUGUUUCUUUCCGUGACCGUUCUUGUAGUAAAAGUGGGUGAUUAUUUCCGUUUUAAUUUUUUCUUAGUCAGACGUAAUCGACUAUGAAACGACCACAUUCCAC